AUGGCCGACGAUACUCCUGUCGCUGCCCCCGCUGAGGCCGUCGACCAGCCCGAGCGCGCUGCCGCGGCCGGCGACAAGCCUACCGACCAGGAAUCCGAGAACGUGACCACCACCGAGGACAAGAAGACCGACACUGCGAGCGCAACCGACGAGAAGAAGGGCGCCGAAGCUGGCGCUGACAAGGCUAUUGACUCUGGUGAUGCGAAUGAGGCCAAGGAUGCCGCCGCCACUGCCGCUGGUGAUGCCGCAGAGGCGAACGGAACCCCAGCCUCUUCCAAGAAGGCCUCAAAGGACCGCCGCCGCUCCAGCGGUGUCGCUGAGAAGUCCAAGCUGAACAAACGCAAGUCUAUGACCAAGCUCACUCAGCUGAGCGUGCAGCCUGGCGAGUACUACCUUGCGCGUCUGCGUAGCUAUGCGCCAUGGCCAUCCAUCAUCUGCGACGAGGAGAUGCUCCCUCAGUCUCUGCUUGACACCCGUCCCGUCACGGCUGCGCAACCCGACGGAACCUACCGCGCUGACUACGCGGAUGGUGGAAAGCGAGCCCACGAGCGUACCUACCCCGUCAUGUUCUUCCAGAGCAACGAGUUCGCCUGGAUCCCCAACACCCAACUUACCCCGAUCACCGCUGCCGAGUGCAAGGAUGUCUCUGAGAAGAACAAGGCCAAGGGCCUGAUCGAGGCAUACAAGGUUGCUUCGGAGGGCCACGACCUCGCAUACUUCAAAAAGAUGCUGUCGGACCACGAGGCCGCCAUCCAGCAAGAAAUUGAGGAGGAAGAAGCCGCCGAGGCCGCAAAGGCAGCUGCUAAGGCUGAGAAGGAGGCCGCAAAGGAGGCCGCUAAGGAGGCUAAGAAGGCCGCCGCCACCAAGUCCAAGCGCAAGAGCAAGGGCCCCGAUACCGAUGUUGAAAUGGAGGAUGCGGACGACUCCAAGAAGGCCAAGGCCUCCAAGAAGCGCAAGAACGAGACUGAUGGCGAUGCUGAGAAGCCCGCGAAGACUCCCAAGACCAGCACCAAGCUGAAGUUGACUACCCCGAAGGCGCCUGCGGAGGAGAAGAAGACCCCCGCCAGCAAGGCCAAGAAGGCCACCUCCAAGAAGGCCAAGGCCGCGGAGGAAGACUCUACCCCCGAGGCCAAGGAGCCAGAGAAGCAGGUUGACCCCGAGGAGCUGAAGAAAAAGAAGGAGAAGGAGAUUCUUUUCCUGCGUCACAAGCUGCAAAAGGGAUUCAUUUCCCGUGAAAUGCCACCCAAGGAGGAUGAGAUGGCCACCAUGGCCGGUUAUUUCGACAAGUUGGACAAGCACGCUGAUCUGGAAGUUUCCAUCAUCCGCUCUACCAAGAUCAACAAGGUUCUGAAGAUGAUCGUCAAGCUGGACACCAUCCCCCGGGAUGAGGAAUUCCAAUUCCGUCACCGCGCAAUGAACAUCUUGACUAGCUGGAAGAGUGUGCUGGAGACUGACGUCCCUGCGCCAUCCGACAAGGAGAGCAAGCCCACUGCGAACGGCGCCCACAAGAACGAUGACGGUGCCGAUACUCCCAAGGUGGACACCGAGGAGGAGAAGGAGCCCGAGAGCAAGGCCGCCAACGAUGAUACCCCUAUGCCCGACGCCGAAAAGGAAGAGGCCGAUCAGACGGAAUCCAAGGAACCCGCCGAGGAGAAGACUGUGGGGGCUGCCGCGUAA